AUGGUUGCUGUUGAUGCUCAAUACUUGUUGAACCUCGUUACUCUAUUUGUGGUUAUUUUGGAUCACGUAAGUUCAUAUUUUUUACUUUUUUUUGCAUUUUUAGAGCUUUUUUCAAUUAAAAAUGGCAUAGAAAACAGUUUUACUACUCAACCCUACCCUACCCUACCCUACCCUACCCUACCCUACCCUACCCUACCCUACCCUACCCUACCCUACCUUACCCUACCCUUACUUAUUCUACCCUACCCUACCCUUACUUAUUCUACCGUAAUCUUACUUACGCUACCGUACCUUUACUUACCCUACCGUAUCUUGACAUAUUCUACCGUACUCUUACUUACUCAACCGUAACCAUACUUAUUCUAACAUACCUUUGCUUACCCUACCGGGCCCUUACUUAUUUCACCGUACUUACUUACUCUAUCCUAUCUUAACUUACUUUAUCGCACUCUUACUUACUCUACCCGGAAUUUAAAUUCGCUAAGCUGCCAGAAGAGUCUUGUCGUUUUUGACUGUUUAACACAAUAGAAUCUGACGACAAGACUUUUUAAAAAAAUAUUUUUAUAUGUUAAUAAAUCAAUAUUUUAAAAUCAAAGAAUGCUUUUUACAGGUAACAGCCCUCAACUACGACAGUUACGAAGACACACGAAUCAAGCGGCGCGAGCGAUGGCGAGAACAACAUCCUCAAAUCAGAAAUGGUCAUAUGAAUAUCCGUGCGUUUUGGUGGUUGUACCUAGUACUAAUCGUGGUUGUGGUGAUUUAA